AGCCCAGAGCAAGCAGUGCGGCCGAGACCGCGGCGAGCUCGGCGUAGUCAGUGUCGGGGUCACGGUCAGUGUCGGAGGCUACGCCGGCUGCAGCCCGCCCCCUCCGACGUCACCGCGGCCCAGCGGCGGCCGCUGCAGCAGCAGCACCGGCAGACGCUGCCGCGGCGACCCCCGCGGGCCCCCGCAGUCCGCAGCCGCCCCUGGCCGCCCCGGCCAGACCAGGCUUCCCGCCGAACCGUCAGACCCGGGCCAUGGCGCAGAGCGGGCAGCCCCCGCCCCCGCCCGAGGAGAACCUGCAGGGCUCUUGGGUAGAGCUGCACUUCAGCAGUAAUGGCAACGGCCAUAGCGCUGUGCCAGCCUCAAUCUCCGCUUAUAAUGGCGACAUGGAAAAGAUUCUUCUGGAUGCGCAGCACGAGUCUGGACGGAGCAGCUCCAAGAGCUCUCACUGUGACAGCCCACCUCGUUCACAGACACCCCAAGAUAUUAACAGGACUUGUGAAACAGAUACUCACAGCAUUGGAGAAAAGAACAGCUCCCAGUCUGAAGAAGAUUACAUGGAGAGACGGAAAGAAGUGGAGAGCAUCCUGAAAAAGAACUCAGACUGGAUCUGGGACUGGUCCAGCAGGCCCGAAAACAUCCCCCCAAAGGAGUUUCUCUUUAAGCACCCAAAGCGCUCAGCCACUCUCAGCAUGAGAAACACGAGUGUCAUGAAGAAGGGGGGCAUCUUCUCAGCAGAGUUCUUGAAGGUUUUCCUCCCAUCCCUGCUGCUCUCUCACUUCCUCGCCAUUGGGUUGGGGAUCUACAUCGGAAGACGGCUCACCACCUCCACCAGCACCUUCUAGGGCAGGUGGCCGGGAGUUUCGCCGAGCAGCAGGCUGCUGUCUCUGAGCAUGCAGAGUGGUUACCAGAGGAAGUCCGUUCAUCCAUCUGAGAUGUUGACUUGUGUUCAUUUGUUGUGUAAAUGUCGUGUUCCUAGUUCAGUAGAAUGGGAGGAUAGAUGCCUGUAUCCAUACCCUGGGCACCAGCGUAGGAGCAGGUCAGACUGAUUCACCUCUCCUCUUUGUAGGCUUAGCCCUCGAGUUCUCUGAUGACAACCUUUCCUAUCCCAAUCCUGAGGCUUCCUGGACUUCCAUGAAAUCCCAAAGCUUCCAAGUUCCCCUAAACAGUGGCUAUUCCUUUGAACAAGUGAAUCGUGUUCAUUAUUAAAAGCAUUGUGUUUAGGGACCUGUCCAAAAUGCUGUAGACCUGCCACACGUGGUCUCAGAAAUGCCCCUUUGCCCAUUUGCCCUGGCUGGAGCAGCCCCUUGGUGAAGACUUCCCUCUGUUCUGCUGGGUGGUCUUCCUGGGCAAAAGGGAGAAGAGGACGGACGCCCUUGGGGCAGUCUGCUCAGCUUGGGGCAGACCACCCAACACCGAUGUUUGAAGUCUCAUUCAGUCCCUUGCCCCAGAACCUGAUGGGUUUCCUGGUAGGGCCACAUGGCUGCCCCUGCUAGGUCUGCUCCAUUCUCCGUGCUCUGUGCUAGCCCAAGCUGUGCUCCUUCACCCUGCCCUGUGUCUACUUCAGCGACUGAAACCAGAAGGGGAAUAAUUCUUUGUUUGCCAAAUCCUUCCAAGAUGCCCGUGUUAGGUCCGGUUUACCAGAGUUUUGUGAGCCCGCGAGAGGCUCACAUCUUCUGUUUCCCUUGGGGCAAAUAUUUUUCUGAAAGGAGGCCAUGUCUUUGCUGUGCUGGACACACUCAACAUUUGUUUAUAUUUGUCCCUGACGUUUCUCCCUACCCCCCUACAUCUAGACUGAAAUAAAUGCAACCUUCUAAUUUGAAAAGGAAAAUCUCUCCUUUUCUGCCCUCAGCUCCUUCUUCACGUGCAGAAACAUGGCCCACGCUAGUUAUCACCCUUCUCAGCUCCCUUCUUCAGUCGUGCUACCGAGCCAAACCAAGCACCCCUGAGUCAGGCAGCCCAGUCCCCACA